AUGCUUAUGAGAUUUCGUGGGGGCGGCGUUGGUCAUCGAACAACUCACGAAGCAACAAGCAGUUUUCUGAACGAUCGUGACCCACUGGACAUACAUCAAGCCAACACUGCAGUAACCCAUAGCGAGGAUGAAGGCAGCGAUGACGAUAAAAGUGAUUUGAUAGACAGCAAGGAAGGGUCUGCAGCUCGAGGCGAAGCCAUGGAACUGGACGAAGGUGACGAGUAUCAAUUCGACUACGAUGACUAUGGCUACUCCGGAAUACAGCAGGAGGUUGAAGGGGAGGACUUUGAUGAAAACAGAUACGGCGAGGAUGGCCCGGGAGAGGGUGUUGAAGCCACUGAAGGUGAUGGGGACAGUGAUAUUGAUGACGAGCUGGGUGCAGAGGACGGCGAGGACAGUGACAAGGAGCUAGAGGGUUUUAGUGAAUUUUGA